CAGAGCCUGGCCUAAGAGGUAUAUAAAGAGGAACAUUUCAGGAACUUAAGCUAGAAAGGAACAGUGUAAACUGAGUUGAUCCACUUAGAAGUUUACAAUGAAGUUUCUUCUACUACUGCUCCUGCAGGCCACUGCUUCUGGAGCUCUUCCCCUGAACAGCUCUACAAGCCUGGAAAAAAAUAAUGAGCUAUUUGGUGAAAGAUACUUAGAAAAUUUUUAUGGCCUUGAGAAGAACAACCUUCCAGCAACAAAAAUGAAAGCCAAUGGAAACUUACUAAAGGAAAAAAUUCAGGAAAUGCAGCAGUUCUUGGGGCUGAAAGUGACUGGGCGAUUAGACACAUCUACUCUGGAGAUGAUGCACACACCUCGAUGUGGAGUCCCCGAUGUCCAUCAUUUCACAACAAUGGCAGGGAGGCCGGUAUGGAAGAAACAUUAUAUCACCUACAGCAUCCAUAAUUAUACACCUGACAUGAACCAUGAGGAUGUUGACUACGCAAUCCAGAAAGCUUUCCAAGUAUGGAGUAAUGUUACUCCCUUGAAAUUCAGCAAGAUUAACGCAGGCGUGGCUGACAUUGUGAUGUUUUUUGCACGUGGAGCUCAUGGAGACUACAAUGCUUUUGAUGGCAGAGGUGGAGUCAUAGCCCAUGCUUUUGGACCUGGAUAUGGCAUUGGAGGGGACACACAUUUUGAUGAGGACGAAUUCUGGACUAUAAAUUCCAAAGGCACAAAUUUGUUCCUCGUUGCUGUUCAUGAGAUUGGCCAUUCCUUAGGUCUUGGCCAUUCCAAUGAUCCAAAUGCCAUCAUGUUCCCCACCUACAAAUAUGUUGAUGUCAGCACAUUUCGCCUCUCUGCUGAUGACAUACAUGGCAUUCAGUCACUUUAUGGAGGUCCAAAAGAGUACCAACCCAUGCCAAAGCCUGACAAUUCUAAACCAGCACCCUGCGACCCCAAUUUGAGUUUUGAUGCUGUCACUACAGUGGGAGAUAAGAUCUUUUUCUUCAAAGACAGGUUCCUCUUGGUGACGUUUCCUCAGAGGCCAAAGACCAGUGUUAGUUUAAUUUCUUCCUUAUGGCCAACUUUGCCAUCUAGCAUUCAAGCUGCUUAUGAAAUUGAAGCCAGAAAUCAAGUUUUUCUUUUUAAAGAUGACAAAUACUGGUUAAUUAGCAAUUUAAGACCACAGCCAAAUUAUCCUAAGAACAUACGCUCUUUUGGUUUCCCUAACUUUGUGAAAAAAAUUGAUGCAGCUGUUUAUAACCCACAUUUAUAUAAGACCUACUUCUUUAUAGAUAACCAAUAUUGGAGGUAUGAUGAGAGGAGACAUUUGAUGGACACUGAUUAUCCCAAACUGAUUACCAAGAACUUCCCAGUAACUGGGCCUAAAAUUGAUGCAGUCUUUUCUAAAAACAGAUACUACUAUUUCUUCCAAGGAGCUAACCAAUUUGAAUAUGAUUUCCUAUCUCAACGUGUUACCAAAAGACUGAAAAGCAAUAGCUGGUUUGGUUGUUAGAAAUGGUGUAAUGGUUUUUGUCAGUUCACUUUAGUUUAAUAAGUAUUUAUUGUAUAUUUGCUAUGUCCUCAGUGUACCACUACAUAGAGAUACAUAUAAAAAUAAAAUCUAUUAACCAUAAAUUAUUGUAUAAAAUAUGUAAUAUUUUUCAAUUUUGAAAACUGUAAUUGUCAAUUUUUUCUUGACUCUACUAUUGAGUUUGAAAAUAGAUACCUUCAAAGGCCAAGAUAAUUCUUUCUGGAGCAUGCUCUGUAAGUUGGUUCCUAACAUCCUUGGACUGAGAAGUUAUAAUUACUUCUGGCAUAAGUAAAAUUAAGUAUACAUAUUUUUGCUCAAAUAAAAAAAAAU